ACCUUCGACGAAAUCAAAUGUAGGGUUACACAGCUCGAUUGCUUCGACGUUGGUUUAUGCUGUGUAGUUCAUGGAAUCUGUUAAUUUUAAGCCGUUAUAUGGAACCGAGGCGCGAACUAAAGCUGUAGAAUGCAUUUUAGAGCCGCUAUUUACAAAAGUGAAGUGUUUUGCAAGGAGAGGUCACAUGAAAGGAUCUUACCGCCUCAAGUCUAAACCACAGGAUGACAUUUUAUCUAGUGUCAAGGAGGUUAUUCAAUUGCUUAGCAAUGAUUUCAGUGUUGUUCAGAAUGUUCCCUCAUUAUCGUCAGAUUUUUUAACUGCUAAGACAGAUGUUCUUGAUACUGGGCAGUAUUUUUGCUCCUCUGUUUCUAGUUUUUUUUCUGACCCUGCAAAUGAAUCCUAUCAAAGUGGUGUUUGUCGAGCUAUCAAUGCCUUCCUUGCUGCUUUGAGUAGACUACUUAUACUAGCUGAUAUAGCAGAUUCACUGGUUCUUAACCAACAUUUCGAGGCCGUCCUCAGUGGUAUUACAGAAUUCCAGUCAGUUUCGUCACAAACGGAACUGAAUCGCUUGUGGAAUACCUUUUACCCCCAUGUAUUACAACUUAUCAGCUUGUCAAAGAAACGUGCAUCUGAUCUAAUUGAUCUUGAAGACCGUAGGAAAAUUGAGUCUGCCAGCUACGUGCUUAGAAAUAAUACGCCUUUAUUACAUACAUCUUGUAAGGUUUGUUUACGCUAUCCUGAUCAUCCCAUUCCAAGAGAUUCAAGAACUUUUGUUUCGAAUUCUCUUUCGGAUGCAGUAGAGUUAAUUCAGUCUGUCUUCAAUGGAAUUUCCAAAUCCAAUGGUAUUCGGUUACGAACUUCUGGAAAACUUUUAGAAGCUUUGGAUGAGUUUGAAGUAAUACAUUAUGUGAAUAGUCUAUUUACUAAUCCGGAUCAAAAAUCGACUGUACACAUACAAGAGCAUAUUCAGUCUUCGUUAAAAGGACUAUUAUCAUCCAUUUAUAAGUUGGUGGAUUCAUCGAAAUUAAAUUCAAAACGACGUUCUGCUAUUGAUGAGUAUUGUACUCAGCUUAAGAAUAUUACAUCUGAAUUAAUAUCAGAAUAUUCUAAGAAAACAGUUGACACUAGAGAGACAGAGAAAAUUAUACAGAAAUUAUUAAAAACUAUCAAUUCAUUAAAACAACUACUUAUUCGUUGUACUAUUGAUUCAACAUCGAAUGCUUUUAUGUCUAAAGAAACAUGUUUAAUGGCAUUAAAUGAUGCAACAAAAUUUGGAUGUGAUCAACGUAUUGAUGCAGCUUGUCAAUUAUUUCAGAAACGUUCUGUAUCUAUGAUAUCAUCUGCUUAUCAAUUAUGUUCAUUGAGUACAGACGAAGAAUGUUGCAGUAAAAUUCAAUUAGCUUGUCAACAAAUUGAACAACUUGUUCCGCAGUUAAUUAAUAUAGCUUAUUUACUAUUUAAAUAUCCAUCUUCUAAGUCUGUUGAAUCAAAUUAUGAAGCAUUUCGUAAGGUAUAUGAAGAAUCGGUCAAUUUACUUUAUUCAUGUGUUAAUGAGCUAAUUGGUAUGCAUGAUUUCCUAGCUGUAUCCGAUGAUUUAAUGUUGUUGGAAUAUCAAAAAUCUAUUCGUGCUUUAUCGGAUAAAGAUGAAUUAAGCGUUCAACAGACAUCAACAUCAAUGCAACAACGUUCAGCUUAUAUUUGUGAAGUUAUAUUAAAUAAAAUGAUUGCACGAACUGAGAACAAUGAGUAUGUUGAUCAGGUGAUGGAAAAAGUGACAUUAAUACGUGAUCAAUAUACUCCGGAUUUUGUGAAUAUCGCACGUAAUACGCUUAGUCGUUUAGCUGCUGGCCAGUCAAUCGAUGAAAAAGCCUAUCGCUAUUCAGGUCAUGCUUUAUGCAAUGGUGUACAUGAUCUACGAUUAACUGUUUUAAAUGAAUGUGAUCUACCAUUUGAUAAUGAUAUUGAGUCAUUAAAUUUACAAGAUAAUCAUGGUAGUGUUGACAAUCUCCAACCGUCGUCGUCUUCUCUACCUCGUCUGCCUUCACCUCCUCCCCCUCAAGAUAAUUAUUAUCAUCGUCAUCGUGAUCAACAUUCGAAUGACAAUGAACAAAUAGAAGUUUCAGUCGGUUCAAUGAAAGAUAAACAGAAAUUAAUAAAAGAAGUGGACAGAGUCAAUUCAAUGUUAGAAAAUAAUUCCGCUUCUAAUUAUAACUAUAAAUUUCGUAAGUAUUUACCACAUAAACGAUAAUAAUAUGAAAUAGAGUUUUACUUUUUAUUUUACUAAUGUGAACAUAUUUUGUAAUUUCUUCCUUUAUAGAGAGUGCUGUGUUCAUUUUAAUUUUUUAUUGUUCGAUUGGGUCCAUUAUGUAAAAAAGUUUGUUUCUUUGUUGUUGGUUUAUUUUUUCUUGUUUUCGUUUCGAUAAACUGUCUUUCACUGUUACUCUCUCCCCCCUCUCUCUCUAGAUACUAUUACUAUUAUUGUUAGUAUGAUUAUUUUUCAGUGAAAUGAGAGUUUUUCAAAAAGUUUCAUAUGAUAUAUUAUAUAUCCGUAUAUUUUGUACAUGACGGUAGUUCUUGGUUGAAAUUAAUUUUAUCCACAAUUAAUUUAUUUAAUAAAGGUCAAUAAAUAGAGGGGAAGAGUAAAGGAUAAUUCCAGUUUUAUUUGUUAAAAAUGUUUUUAUUUAUUGGAAAAUGAAUAAAUGUGUAUAGGUCGCUGGUUGGAACACUACCGCAAUUCGGUCUCUUUUUUUCUAUGUUUUGAUCAAUAUCAACUUCAGGAUUAUCGACCGUUUCAUGAUUAUUUAUCUGAUUUAGUCACAGUCAUGUUCUUAACGCUUAAAUAAUUAGUUGUGUGGUGGAGGAAUAUCAAAACUCCACAAGAAGUUUUAUUUUCAAAAGCUCACUAGUAAUGUUUACAGUUCACGAGUCUUCACACCAACAUGGAUACGUAAAUAAUGACCUUGACUGAAUUAAUAUUUCGCUUAUCCAUAAUGGUCCACUUCAAAUUGUAUCUAUUUCCCUAUGAUGCUAUGAAGGAUAGCAUAAGAUAAUCUGACCAACUUUGCUCGGCAUAUCACCUUCCUUUAUUGAGGGAAGUAAGUCUUCUUCUUAGAAUUCUGUUGUAUGAAUAUUUUGAUGCACCAUGACCUCCAAUUGUGUAUAGAUAAAAUUGGUACUAUUUCUCCUGCCACAGUAUCUCCUUUAAACUUAUUGUUUAUAAAGUGGAUCCUCCUCUGUGCUACAGAUGCUCUCAAUACACCAUACUUAGACUAACAAUUAACAGUUUCUAUCCAUACAAGAGAUAUUUAGAUGAUACUUUCAUUAUUUAUGACAAAAAUAUAAAUUUCAAGACAUUUUAGACAGUUUCAAUAACUGUCAUCAUUUAAUUACAUUCACAAUGGAAUCAGAGUCGGAUUAGAAAUUCCACUUCGAUGUUUUGCUAAGAAGGAAAACUGAUAUUUCGAUAUAUUUAGAGAGCCAACCGAGAAUGACCCGUACAUGAAUCGCAAAGUUGGAUAACACUGAAGUUAAAGAGGAACCUGAUCCUUUUUCUAUUCACGAGGGCCAGACGAAUUUGUAUCAUUUUUACAAUCAACAUCAAACUUGAUAAACUAUUGUUGAUACUGAUCAACAGUGAAAAUUCACCUAUAUUCGUUGGGAAAAUCUGAAUUCUAAACAACAACAUGAAUAAGUGUUCAUCGCACCAAAGAAGACUCUUUUCGUGAACAUUCUGCAGCAGAAGAAAUUCUAAGAAAAGAAGACGUCCAAAAUCUCAAAGAAAAAUAUUCUAUUGAGCUGAACUUCAUAUCGACUUUUCUAAUCGGUCUUUCAUUUGUAGUUGUGUGAAUAAAAUAAUAAUAAUAAAAAAAAACAAUCAGAUCUCAUUGUGUGAAUAUCCACUUCUUGAAUUUGGGAUCUGAAUUUAAAGGUUCAAAUCUAUCUUUCUUGACCUAUUGAGAUUAUUUUAAAAAAGGUAAACCGCAUUAUGGCGUAUACUACUUAUUUCGACAGACAUAAACAGUAUAUAACACUAAUCGGAAGUGGAAAACCGGGCAGCAGAAGGCUAAGAAGAUCGAGUUAAAGAGGAUAGAAGGAAAAAUAGAAACGAAUUGUGGACUUGAAGAAUUAUAAAUAAUGUAAAGGACAAAUGAUGGAAAAUUUCAAAUGAACUGUUCAAUGUAUGGUUCUCAUAUUGUACCAACAAAUUCUGUAAUUUUGUGUUAAAAAUAAUUUGGUUGUCCCCAUCAGUGUUCAUAGAUUGUAAUUUUUAAAACAGUUUGAUUCAUAUUAGUAUAGUUGAAUAAACGACAUCAAAUAGAACAGUUCUUUGUUUUAACAUGUUCUUCAAGUCAUUGCAAAGUUUUCUCUUUAAACAUAUAUGCCAUAUAUAUAUAUAUAUAUAUAU